UUGCCUAUAAUUCUAAAUGUUUGGGCUCAAGUUCACGUGAUUAUAGCUAAUACUCGCACAUGGCGGUCAACAUUGGUUUCGUGCCAAACUUAGCUGUAUAAAAGGCGCGACGCGCUGUCAGAUCCUUUCCAUCAGCUGUGAGUGCACGUCCAGAACUACUCCAGAUAAAGAACUUACUGCGACUUUUGUGAGAGCUAGAGACAUACAACCACGUACAAGUCAGCAUGACUAUGAAGAACCUGGUGUUGCUCUUCGUAGCCCUGACCUCUCCGGCAUUAGUAUUGUGCGCAUGCAGCGAUUUCCUGAGUAUCUUACAGGACGAACCGUCAGGUCUUAGCCCUUGCCCCUGCACCGCAUCACAGGCUAGAGGUGAUUCCAACUUCGAUGAGUCCAAUUACGGCAUCUCUACCAACCAUCCCGGCGCUGCUUCCUGCUAUAGAUCCGCCAGCCCGUCAUCUUCGGGCUCUGGCCAACAGUGCUGUUACCGAUCCAGUGGGAGUAUCAUUGUGGGCCCACCUGGCGGAGGAACUGCCGAUCGAUACAGCCCGGCCAGUAUCUGGAGCACUGCUCAGCAUUGGCGGUAUGAUGUUCGUCCCUGGAAUGCAUGCUGCAAGGAUCAGUUGAACUCAGCUAAUUGCUGGACAUACUACCGAUACCGCCCGUCAGAUAGCUGCUCCGGAUACAGUGGCUAGAGUGAGCCAGACAAGUGUUGCACAGUGGCUGAUGAUAUCAUUUUUUUCUCAUCGUCUGUCUUCAACCAAAGGACAAGCACACUUUGACAAUUUGGCCAUCUAAAACAAUUGAAACGGUUCUUGGACUGUUGUUCCACGGAAUUUUGUAACAUUAUAAAUUUGCUUUAUUGAUAGUGUAAUUAUAAUACAUAAGCCAAUUACAUCAACCUCGAUUGCCAUGUUGCCCAUGAUUUCUUGCAUGUUCUAUUGUACUGUUAUAUAUGCUAUAUAAACACAAUCUUAUAUAGGAUAAAACGUUUUGCUCUUGCUUUGAACUUUUUUAAGAACACGUUUUAUUAGACAAGUCAUGCUAUCAAUGCCAGAGCCUUCAUUUCUUUCUAACUUGAUGAGACGGUGAGCCCUUUUGUGUGAGGCUAAAAGAUGUUCAAUCCUUGGCAAACUUCUAAGUUCCAAUGUCACAUACAUGUAGUUCAGAAUGCAUCUAGGGUUCAAUUGCAUACUUCGGUUUGUUCGUGAAAAGUCCGGCGAUAGCAACGUUAACAACUGAACUAUGCCUUAUAUACUUUUUGCUUCGUAUUUACCCAGUUUUAUAAAUGCUUUUAAUGCAUAGAGUCUUAGAAGUACAGUUGCAGCUUAUUUUUGAUUUUGAUAUCUGUGAAAUUAAUGUUAAACAUUAACAAUAUUUUUCAUUACCCGAACGACGUAACGAACUUAAGCCUCCUUGGAAAAAAGGAAAAACGGAAAAUCCGGUUGUGUCAAUUAACAUUGAAAAAAUGCGAAUGAAAAUGUUCUCUAAUAAGUUUGAGUUAUUGGUUAUUGAGUUGAAACAUCACACAUUGUUAUUUAAAAACAGUGGCAAGUACGUUGAUCCAUUCACAGUUUAUAGAGGUCCUUUUAAAUAAUGUAGUGAACAAAAUAAAGUGCGGCUGCAAAUGCA